CUAUAUAUUGGACUUGUGACACAUACGUUCUCACACAUCACAUUGUACCUCGACUCAUCAAGUCGCAUUUGAUAGGAAAUAUGUCACUCCUGAGAUUACUCAUUACCAGCUUCGCCGUCAUAGCUAGCUGCCGAGCUAGCGGAAUAGGACACCUUGUCCCAGCAGUAAAAUCAAUACCGAUCGUUCGGUAUGCUCCGUUCUACAAUUUCCCGAAUGGAGUGAGAUCUAUACACGCAGUAGCUCCUCCCGCGCCGGCCUUUGCUCCUGCGUUACCUGCGCCAGCGCCGCUGCUGCCAGCUCCGUUAGCAGCACCGCUGCCUCCUCCUGUGUUACCUGCACCUUUCCUGCCGGCGCCGACUCCGGUGUUGCCAGCACCAGCAUUCGCGCCCGCACCUGCGCUCCCAGCUCCUGCGUUUGUACAGGCACCGGCGCCGGUUUUGCCAGCUCCCGCAUUCGCUCCUGCACCAGCGCCAGCUUUCGCUCCUGCAUAUGCCCCCGCGUUCCGUGUCAUCGCUCAAGCUCCUCCAGUCAUCUCACCAGUGCUUCCUAAAAUAGCUCCUGCUGUUCCAGCUCUUCCUCCUGUACCUGUCGUAGGACCUACCCAGUUCUACAGAGCUGUACCCUCUCUUCCAGCCGUUCCUUUUUCCCCUAUCGUAAGGCCUGUUGCGACAGCACUCCCGGCACCUUAUUUCAAUCCAGCUGUUGCUGCAGCGCCCGUGGCAGUAGCAAGAGCUCCGAUAGCGCAUCCCUAUGCAAGCCAUUUUCCCCAUUACGCGAAAUACUUCAGCCCUGCGCCAGUUUUCUCCGCUCCCAUAGUGAAGCAAGUCGCAUGGAAAUGAUUUAACCUCAAACUCUCCGUGACUCGGGAGUAACGUUAUCUAGUCUUAUUCAAUA